UCAUGACUUUCGUGACAGGUUGUGAGGUUUUCAACAGACUUAAUGUUGGUAGGAAUGCCACAUACACAAGUAGCACAGUUGUGGAUGAGUUUCUGAGUGUCCUUGGCACACAGUUGGAAGAGGACCAGCUGAUCACCAUCAGGGCCAGCCCAUUCCUAGGACUGAUGUGCGACGAGACCGUGGAUAUCUCUACAACCAAUGAGCUGGUUCUAUACUGCAGGUGCAUCGAUGGCGAUGGCAAAUGUCAGGCCAACUUUCUGAAGGUUGUGGCCUUAAAAGAUGGAAAGGCCGACACUGUCAAAGGUGCCCUCAUUCAUUACAUGGAGGAAAAUGAUCUGUCGAUCCAGAAGGUGGCUGGUUUCGGCUCAGAUGGAGCAGCAUGUAUGAAAGGAAAUCGAACUGGUGUUGCCACUCAGCUCAAGGGGGACAAUGCAAAGAUACUUAGUAUCCACUGCAUUGCUCACAGACUCGCCCUUGCUGUCGGACAAGCUGGUAACAAGGUGAAGUAUGUUGGCGAAGUCUUCAAGCCAAACCUAAUGACCCUGUUUCUCUACUACAACGGCAGUGCAGUUCGAUCAGAAGGCCUGAAAGAGAUACAGGUAAACCUUAUUUAUAUAGGUGUCUUACAAAGCAAAGUGACAUCAAACCUUGUUUCACCUUCUAUCGAUUCUUUUUUACAAAAGCCAUAUGUCCCAGAAAAUGCAAUUAAGUAUUUUUUUUUUUCAAAGCAGUUGUUCAAUUCAUUACAAUGUUUAUUGUAUCUAUUCCUACAGAACAUCCUACAGGAGAUGGAGUUGAAGCUGAAGCAACCAAAGGAUGUGAGGUGGCUGUCCCAUGAUGCUGCAACAAAAGCCCUUUAUAGGUCACUGCGUAGCGUUUUGGUACAUCUCAAUCGGGAGAUGGGUAAGGGUGUUGUAAUGGCCAGAGCUCUUUGGAGCUGGCUACGCACCUACAAGGCCAUAGCAACCCUCUACCUGCUGUGUGACGUCCUUCCUCACUUGUCAGCCCUCAGCAAGUGUUUUCAGCAAAAACAGCUUGAUCUGACAGAAAUCCACAGGGCAGUAGAGACCAAGAAGCAAGUGAUACGGCUGGCCAGGGAUCAGCCAAUUGAAGGUGGACGGCUGGCUAACCUGGAUGUGGACCUGAGCCCAGGGGGACGGUUGGAUGGUCUAGAGAUCCAAGUGUUUGACCAGCAGCGGCAGGAGUUUGCAAGUGUUCAGAGACAAUUCAUAGAUAACCUUGUGGAGAACAUGGAGGAGCGGUUCCCCCAAACUGAACUCCUGGCAGCAUUUGGGGUGCUUGACCCUGGCUGCCUACCAAACUCCAUGACUGGAGACUAUGGAUGGGAGGAGAUGAACCAGCUGUCCACCUUCUAUUCUGAUGGCCACUCCCCCAUUGACCGGGAAGAACUGCGGGAUGAGUGGAUCUCCUUCAGACAGCACCUGGGCAGUUACCGUCAGAAGACACCAAAAGACAUGUGCCAGGUGCUGUCUGCCAAUCCAACACUUGCAUGCCAGUACCCUAACAUAGCCUCCCUCUACGCCAGAAUGGUGGUCAUUCCGGUUCACACGGCUGACUGUGAAAGGGCCUUCUCCACCCUCAAAAGGGUGAAGACAAGGCUAAGGUCUACCAUGACUAACGCUACCCUGAACCACCUCCUCAGGAUCAGUAUUGAGGGGCCUGCAAUUGAUAAAUUUGAUUUUGACAAGGCAGUGAGCCGUUGGGGCAGUCUCAGGAACAGACGGCUGCUGUUGUGAUUUGUCCUACUUAAUAAAAGUUUAGCCAAUAUUUUUGAAAUUUGUCGUGUUUAUUUACAGGGUAAAGUUGUACAAGUCUACCAAAAGUUGAUAGUAUUUUAGUUUUUCAGGAUGACCACAAGAGCUAGAAUUUCUCUCUAAGAUAGCCUCAGAAUGUACCAUUUAAUCAUUAUUUUUUCAAAGGCUUCGCGCCACACCA